AUGUAUCCUCUCGUACUCGGCAACUAUCCCGAGACGGACGUCAUUCUGCCUAUAACAUGCUGCGAUGGGUGCGCUUCCCUGCUUUUGCAGGCUGGAGAGCUUCCAAAUGACGACCGUGUGACGAUUGCGUUACCGCUGGUCCCGCUCCACAAGCGUGAAAACAGGCAGUUGUGGGAGGAGAAGCUGGGGGAAGUAUACGGUCACCGCUUCCGUGACAGCAUUGUGUUCCUCGUCUUCCUCUCCACCCUCUGCACCACAAUUGAGGACCUGGUUGACGGCGCGAUACAGUCAGAAUGCCAGACCCUCAUGCCGAGCUUGGAAUGGUGCUGUCGAGAGCUGUCGAAGCUUCCCGGCAUCUCCACCAUGGCUGGCCUGACGCCGGUGGGCAGCCCGCUUUCAGGCGUGGUCAAUGACACGAUGCCACUGCAGCAGGCUCUUCGCGUGACUUUCCAAGGUUUCCAGUCCACGAUCCACCAAAGCCCCUUACUCGAGUAUCCGAUUGACGGGUUCCUCGUGCUCGUCCGCCUCGCUGGCCUCAUGGAGGACGUUGGGCCCGAGGACGUUGAGCGCUUCGUCUGGAUGCGGCUCCUGCAUUAUCUCGCCGAGCAGCACGUUCAAUUACAGAAGAAAGGUGGUCCAGGAGAAGCGAGCAAAGCACUCCAAAACUUGGUGAACAAGCAGACCGAGACGUCCAACGAACGCGGCGCUGGCACAGAAGCCGUUACUGAUCGAUGUUAUGCGGUUCCGCUUUCAGCCCUAGACGGAACAUACCUUAUCCCUUCGGACUCUGACAUCCUGGAACAAUUUCUCCGUACCGGAAGCUCCUACUCUAUUAUUGCAGAUACGGACAAAUACCACGCGGCUCUGGCUGUCUUUCUCCACUUGAUGGCCACCCUGACCGAGGGGUCACAGCAGAUCUGGGACGACGGAGAUUUAUUCGUCAAGCUCCAGUACAGGGCGGACAAGCUGUGCCGGACUGAGGACGGGCUGCGUGACAUUUUCUUUGAGGGAAAACUUGUCGACGACGAAGGAGCGGUCAAGUUGAUCACGGCGGCAUACGAGGUGGUCGUAGCUUGA